UAUGAUUUUCGAAUCAUGAUCUAUAUUUCUCACGAUCGAUUUUUAAACGGGAAACGUGGCGGAAAGGAGGACGUCUUAUUUGUAAAGAAGGAAGUUUUAUUCAGAAGAAUCAUCCAGAAAGAAGUAUUAGAAGUUCUCAGUUAUCAUUUCCUGCGAAACGUGCGAUUACAGCGCCACUACACGGUGAAGUAUGGAAUACACUUCCUACAAUUCUCGAAUCAUGAUCGAUAUUUCUCACGAUCGAUUUUUAAACGAGAAACAUGGCGGAAAGGAGCACGUCUCAUCUGUAAAGAAGGAAGUUUUAUUCAGAAGAAUCAUCCAGAAAGAAGUUAUUUCUUGAUUGCAAAAAUAUCAUAGAAUGCAUGGACAUCACAAUCAUUAAUGAACAAUCAUUGAUGAA